AUGUCGUCCAUUCCUGUAGGCGUCUACGGACGUCGCAUUCCGGCUGGAGGCAUUCCCAUCCUGGCUGCUGUCGACCAGUCUGUCACUUUCCGCAUUACUAUGGCCGCUAUCGACCCAGAUGCUGAGCCCCAAAUCGAUGAUGAGCACAAGCACCCUCGCGCAACCCUUAAGCUCAUCCGCGUGCCCUCAGACUAUGACAGCGAGGAUGAUGAUGAUGAGGACUACGAGGAGGGCGACAUCGAGGCCAUCGCUGCUCGUCUGCGCGCUGCUGGUGCGCUUCCUGAGGCCGACUCGGAUAUGUCCGACUCCGAGGACAGCGAGAACGAGAAGAACGGUGGCCCCAGCGACCCUGCCCGGUCAAAGAAGGCCAAGCAGGCAGCCCUCACCAAGAAGCUGCAAGAAGAGCUCGAGGCCGACGAGAUGGACAUUGACGGCAUGACCAACGGCAAGGGAAAGGCCAAGGGCAAGGCCAAGGUCACCGACGACGACGAUUUGAGCGACGAGGAUGACGAAGAUGAUGAGGAUGAUGAGGACGAGCCUGAGGAGCUUGUCCUGUGCACUCUCGACCCCGAAAAGCACUACCAACAACCUCUCGACAUCACCGUCCGCCAAGGCGAGGAAGUCUACCUUGCUGUCAGCGGUACUCACGAUGUUUACGUUACUGGUAACUACCUCGUAUUCCCCGAGGAGGAUGACGAUGAGGAUGACGAGGACGAUGGUCUUGAGGGCCUCGGUUACGACAUGGGUUCUGACGAGGAUGAGCUCGACGAGAUGGACGAGUCUGAGGACGACGAGCUCGACGGUAUGAACGACCCCAGGAUCACUGAGGUUGAGUCUGACGAGGAGGAAGCUCCCAAGCUCGUUGAUGCCGGCAAGAAGAACAAGAAGCGGGCUGCCGAGGAGGAUGCCACUCUUGAUGACAUGAUCAGCAAGACGAAUGGUGACGCCAAGCUUAGCAAGAAGGAAGCUAAGAAGCUGAAGAAGAACGACGGCCAGGCUGUUGCCAAGGCUGCAGAGCCCGAGAAGAAGGCUGAGAAGGUUGAUACCCCUAGCAGCGACAAGAAGAAGGUUCAGUUCGCUAAGAACCUUGAGCAGGGCCCAACUGGCUCCCCCAAGGUCGAUGCCAAGCCAGAGGCAAAGAAGGAGGCCGCUAAGGGACCUCGCAACGUCAGCGGUGUCAUCGUUGACGACAAGAAGGAGGGUAAGGGCAAGGCCGCCAAGAAGGGUGACCGUGUCGAGAUGCGCUACAUCGGCAAGCUCAAGAACGGAAAGGUGUUUGAUUCCAACAAGAAGGGCAAGCCGUUCUCUUUCAAGCUCGGUGUCGGUCAAGUCAUCAAGGGAUGGGACGUAGGUGUCGCUGGCAUGACUGCUGGCGGUGAGCGUCGUCUCACUAUCCCCGCCGCGAUGGCUUACGGCAAGAAGGGUGCUCCCCCGGACAUUCCCCCCAACUCUGACUUGAUCUUUGACAUCAAGUGCAUUUCCGUCGGUUAA